GACUUUUCUCAUCCUUUAAAACCCAUAAACAAAAGGAAAAAACGGGCCAGAAGAAAAAAAGGAAAUUCGCGUCCGUAAGAGAACUAUAAAUAGAGGUGAGGCUCCGGUCUUCACGGUUAACAACUCUAAACACACAACUCGGAGGCAACCAUACGAAAUUAGGGUUUGCGAUUUCACAAUCUCCCUUACAAUUCCAAUCCGCUUUCCGUUUUCUCCGUCGAGAUCAACGAUUUGGAGAUGAAGAAGACCUUCGAGAUGCAUUCGAAAGUUCAGGUACGAUCAUCAUCGAUUGUCGAUAUGGAUCUAGACGUAGAAGAAACUGUAGCAUCGGAUGAAAAGCCAUCUCUCGGUUCCGUCACUGUGAAAUUCAAAUUGAAUAUCCCAAAGAAAAGCUUUAGGAAGAGGAGAAGAGAAGAAUCAGAGGAGAAAGAAGAAGAAGAGGGAAAGGUUUUAGGGAAUUACGAGAUAGCGAGGUUAAGAGAAGAAGCGAGACGAGAGUAUCUGAAGAGGAGGGAGAGUAAGAAGGUGGAGGAGUUUAAGGAACAGGUGGAGUUCGAGCUUUCGCGUUUCGAAGGUGUGAAGUUAACAGAGAAGGAAGAAGUUGAGUUUAGGUACAAGAAGGAAUUGUAUAAGCUGUUGAACACGACGUGGGAUGAUGUUGGUUGUUAUAAGAUUCCAGAUGCGUAUGAUAGAGAAGGUGGUGUUGAUCAGAGGAAGAGGUUUGGUGUGGGGAAGGAACGGUAUGGUGAUGGUGAGAUGACGAGGGAGAGAGGGAAGACGGAGAGAGAAGCUUGGGAGGAUCAUCAGGCUCAGAAGGCGACGUUGAGGUUUGGUUCUAAGAACAAGAAGGGAGUUUACGAUGGGUAUGAGUUUGUGUUUGAUGAGGUGGCAAGGUUAGUUGAGACAUGUGAUGAGGUGGAAGCUGAGAAAGACGAGUCGAGAACAGUUGCGGAAAGGGGUAAGGAAGAUAGGAAGAUGCUUCCUAUUUAUGCGUACAGAGAUGAGUUGCUGAAACACAUUGAAGAGAAUCAGAUUCUUGUGAUUGUUGGGGAGACAGGGUCGGGGAAGACAACGCAGAUACCGCAGUAUCUUCAAGAAGCUGGUUACACUAAGCGUGGAAAGAUCGGUUGUACUCAGCCACGGAGAGUUGCUGCAAUGAGCGUUGCUUCCAGAGUGGCUCAAGAGUUGGGUGUAAAGCUCGGACAUGAGGUUGGAUACUCCAUUAGAUUCGAAGACUGUACUUCAGAGAAGACGGUUAUUAAGUACAUGACUGAUGGGAUGCUGUUGAGAGAGCUUCUCAUUGAACCGACACUCGGUAGCUAUAGUGUCAUCAUGGUUGAUGAGGCGCAUGAGAGAACCUUGUCCACUGAUAUUCUCUUUGGAUUAGUGAAGGAUUUAGCAAAGGCUAGGCCUGAUCUGAGGCUGAUCAUCUCUAGUGCAACGCUUGAAGCUAAGAAGUUUUCUGAAUAUUUUGAUUCGGCUAUGAUCUACCCGAUCCCGGGAAGAAGAUAUCCAGUUGAGAAGCUAUUUCAGAAAUGUCCUGAACCUGACCGCUUGGAGACAGCGAUACGCACUGUGUUUCAGAUUCAUCAGACUGAGCCACUUGGAGACGUUUUGGUUUUCCUUACCGGACAAGAAGAGAUUGAAACAGCGGAAACGAAGUUGAAGCAAAGGAUGAAAGAUUUGGGUUCAAAGAGCUCUGAGAUCAUUAUCUGUCCUAUCUACUCAAACCUCCCGACAGAACUACAAGCGAAAGUGUUUGAACCAGCUGCUAAAGGGACACGGAAAGUUGUCCUGGCUACUAAUAUUGCGGAAACAUCGUUAACCAUUGAUGGGAUUAGGUACGUGGUUGAUCCAGGGUACUGCAAGAUCAACUCUUACGAUCCAAAAACCGGAAUGGAGUCACUUCUUGAAACUCCUAUCUCCAAGGCUUCCGCAGAGCAACGAGCUGGUCGGUCUGGAAGAACCGGUCCGGGGAAAUGUUUCAGGCUGUACAACGUGAAGGACUUGGAGGCCACAACGGUACCUGAAGUGAAAAGAGCAAACCUUGCAAGUGUUGUACUUACUUUGAAGAGUCUUGGCAUCAAUGAUGUGUACCACUUCGACUUCAUGGAUCCUCCAUCUGACAACUCUCUAGUUAAGGCUUUGGAAUUGCUCUAUGCUCUUGGUGCUUUGGAUGCAAAAAGUGAGAUUACUAAGCUGGGUGAAAGGAUGGUUGAGUUUCCUGUUGAUCCAAUGCUAUCAAAGAUGAUUGUUGGCUCGGAGAAGUACAAGUGCUCGGUUGAGAUAAUCACUAUAGCCGCCAUGUUGUCUACAGGGAGCUCCAUCUUUUACCGUCCUAGUAAGAACCAACAGUAUCUUGCUGACAAUGCUCGGAUGAAUUUCUACACAGAGAAGGCCGGUGAUCACAUUGCCUUGUUAAGAGUGUACAACACGUGGAAGGAAAUGGACUACUCAAGUCAAUGGUGCUACGAGAACUACAUCCAAAGCAAGAGUAUGAGAAGAGCUAGAGAUAUACGUGAACAGCUAGCUGGACUUUUAAAGAAGAUUGGAGUAGAACUUACUUCAAACCCUGAUGAUCUUGACGCGGUUAAGAAGGCGAUCGUGGCUGGAUUCUUUCCUCAUUCUGCUAAGUUGCAGAAGGAUGGAUCAUACAAAAGAGUGAGAGAACCUCAGACGGUUUAUGUACAUCCUAACUCUGGCUUAUUUGGGGCGCCACCUAAGAAGUGGUUGGUGUAUCAUGAACUAGUGCUUACUACCAAGGAGUAUAUGAGGCAUGUAACCGAGAUGAAGCCUGAGUGGCUUGUUGAAAUAGCUCCUCAUUACUUCAAGCUUAAAGACAUCGAAGAGGCUCAGCCAAAGAAAACUCAGAGCAGAAGAAGCAAAAGCACAAAGUCCCUGGUGUUGAAGGUUGAUACCAACAAGAAAGCUAAGAGGUAAUAUCUAAACUUGGUAAUCUCUCUUUACUGCUUUUGGACCAAGUUGAAAACAAUGUGUUAAUGUAUUACUUUUAUUUUAGUCCCUGCAAUUUCUGAUGACUACUUACUACUGUUUUGUUGCAUUGUAUAAACCAUGGUUGUGAGUUUUCUCGAGUAUUAAGUGGAGACUAUAGACGAUUGGUCAGAGAGGCAGAAGAAACUCACUGGGAUUGUCAUCGAGGAAAAAGCUGUCCCAGUCCACCUGGAACACUCCUCCGUUUGAAGAGAAGUUUUGAUAGCCUCAAUAGCAGUUACUCGAUGAAGAAGAUUCCGGAUGUUAUCCACCCAUGUCUGCUUAUCAGCCUUGCUCUUGCACUUGAAUUUCGUUAGACCUUUCCCUGUGCUUAUUCCGAAAUAGAGCUCUUUUUCUUCUGUGUUUUCUUCUUCUUUUACAUUUUGCAGGCCCGAGACUGUCUCGCAUACAUCAUUCACAAUACCUGCAACCAUUGGAUUUUUACUGUAAGCAUUAGUUAACAAAGUCCCAAGAUUUACUUGAAGGUGAUAACUACCUUUGCUUUUCAUGGAGAAGGCUCCUCUAACGUGUUUGCUUUUGAUUUCUACCACAACCUGCAAAAAGAAAGCGACCCAAAUGUCAAGUAAUCUGAUAAUUAUAGAACCUUUUUUUUUUUUGCGUCCAUUGAGUAUUAUAACCUGUGAUUUCUUGUUGAUGUAUACUUUCAUAUGCUUCCACCUCAAAACUCCUGGAAGAAAGUCCAUGAGGCAAUUCAUCAGUGUCAUGCUCUCCAUUACAGGCCAAAUCUGAUUCUUCAACUCCCUGUGAAGAUGUCUGCUCCUCAGUGGUUGUGCUGGAGGAAUCCAGCUCAGAAGAGCAAUCAUGAGUCUCUGGUAGUGCUCUUUCACAAGGGCUUAUAGCUGCACUGUUCUUAGCUUCCUUUGGUAGUCUUGUCCUUAGAGCUGCUUCUCCUCUCAAUGCUACAUUCACCCAAAAAAAAACAGAAACAUAAAUAUAUUAUUACCAAAAACCAAACUGCAAUCACUCAAAGUGCAUUAGAAGUUGUCGCUUCCAAAUUUCCGACAACGAUGUCAGAAUGAACCAGAGAAUAUACCUGUUGCGGCUGCAGCUGUUAGAGUCAGCAAAUCUCCGGGUCCACGAACAUCCACGGCGGAUCGAACAGCAGAGACGACGCGAUCGUGACCGGCGCCGGAGAGCUCAGCCAAUUCGACGCAGUGAGAAGCUAACAGCUCAGAUGCAGAGGCCAGCGCUGAGCUCAUUUUUGAAUCCAUGAAGGCGCCGUCUUGGUUUCCCGAAGCUGUCACGGCGGCGAUGGCCGUCGCGAGAGACGCGAUGGAGACGGCGGUGUGAAGAUGCGCGUUCUCAUAACGAGAUUUAUCUCGCUUACUUAUGCCGGUAAUCUUCCCGCCUACAAAAUCUCGGUGGUGGAACCAUUUUCCGAUGGCACUUGUUCGCCGCGCGUGAAACACGCUCGCCGUUUUUUCCGCCUGUCGAAGAUACAAUUUAAAUCUCAUGGGCUUUUAAUAGAAUUGGAGACUUAUAUGAUUUCGGCCCUAUAAUGUAAUAUGGCCCAGAAGAUAACUAGCAUAUUCUUUUUAUUUUUAGAAUAAGCAGUUUCGUAUCACAUAUAUUAUUUCUUUUUUGAAAAAAACACAUAUUAUUAAUGAAAUCAUUUUAAACUAAAAAUGUG